GCAGAGGCUUGAGAAAAUUAAAGUAAUUUUUUUCUUUUUAUCAUGUUGGUGAUUCUCAACCCGUUGUUUCUUUUGGGUUUCAAUUUUGGCUCAAAAUUUCUUCAAAGAGAUAUCAUAAUCCCAUGAAUUUUGAUCCUUCAAGCUUGAAUGUCAUUUUCUGUUGCUUUCUUUUACAGUCUUUCCUUCAACGUCACCAAAGCCCACAUAAUCCAAAUUACAGGAAACCAUAAAGAGGCAAAACAGAGUGUGAAAGGUCUUUUUCUUUAUUUAUUUAUUUUUUGAAUUUUUGAUUUUUCUCCCGUUGAUGAUAUGCCUUUAUAUUGUUCAAACAUGGCUAUAAAACUCCCACAUAGCUUGGGACUGAGGAGGUAUAGCAAGAACAAGUUUACUACCACACCCUACCAUAUAGGAAGCUUUUUCAUGUUUUUCCACCAAAAGAAACGAACCCAGAACCUUUCUGAGCACAUUGGUUUUGUGUCUAAGUUCAACCAAAGCUUCCUCUCCUCGACAAUGGAGGACCAAGAAAACAUGGGUCUCUCUGCCAGAGAAUCUUCACAAACAGAGCCUUAUUCCAAUGAAUUGGAUGUUGCUGUCAGAGCUGUGCAAAUGGCAUGUUCUCUCUGCGAGGGAGUUCAAAAUGGUUUGAUUUCUAAGAGUGGUGAAGAGGUUCGAUCCAAAGAUGAUAAUUCCCCUGUAACCGUUGCAGAUUGGAGCGUCCAGGCAACUGUGAGCUGGGUACUCUCUCAGUCCUUUGGCAGCAGCAAUGUAUCUAUUGUUGCUGAAGAAGAUGUCCAAACUCUUUCCAAGGCUGAUGCUUCUGGACUACUAGAUGCUGUAGUUGAAACUGUGAAUAAAUGUCUCGUUGAAGCACCUCGUUUUGGACUUAAAGGUCCAGAGAUGCCACUUGGGACUUCAGAGGUUCUCGAGGCAAUCAGUCGGUGUAACUCAAAUGGAGGGCAUACAGGAAGAUUUUGGGCACUUGAUCCUGUUGAUGGCACACUGGGGUUUGUUCGGGGUGAUCAAUAUGCUAUAGCUCUGGCACUCAUAGAGGAUGGAGAAGUUGCCCUUGGAGUUCUUGGUUGCCCUAAUUACCCGAUGAGAAAGGAAUGGCUUAGCUACCAUCAUCGGUAUCAUAGGAUUGUAUCUAAGUUGACACCACCAACAUCAGAAUCAUGGGACAAAGGUUGUGUGAUUUAUGCUAGGAGAGGUAGUGGCAAGGCUUGGAUGCAACCCCUGGUCCAUGUAAAUAAGAAGCUAGUCUGGCCAAACUCUGCAAGACUUGUUCGAGUGUCCUCCAUUGAUAAUCCAUCAUUGGCAACCUUUUGUGAACCGGUUGAGAAGUCAAAUUCAAGUCAUUCAUUCACAGCAGGACUAGCUCACAGUGUGGGCCUUAGGAAGCAACCAUUACGAGUAUAUAGUAUGGUAAAAUAUGCAACCAUAGCUCGUGGGGAUGCUGAGAUUUUCAUGAAGUUUGCAAGAGCUGGCUACAAAGAGAAGAUAUGGGAUCAUGCAGCUGGUGUUGUCAUCAUACAAGAGGCUGGCGGUGUGGUAACUGAUGCCAGAGGUCGUCGGCUGGACUUUUCAAAAGGUAUAUAUUUAGAAGGUCUUGAUCGAGGUAUAAUUGCCAGUGCUGGAGCUAUUCUGCAUGACCAAAUCAUUAGGGCUGUUGAUGCUAGCUGGGACUCCUCUGGUCUGUAAGGCUCUUCUGGUUAACAUUAAUGACAACACAGUGCUUGACAUUGCUAGGCAGGGAAAUUAAAUCAUUCUACCUGCAGUUGCUUUGUAUUGUCCAGGAAGUUCUAUGUUUGUUUAGGGGAGUCUGGGUUUUUGUUUUCAAAAGCUAAUAAUACCAAUAUGCAAUAAGCUUUCUCAGAAGACCAUAAUACUAAAAGAGGCAACUUUUUGGAAUAGAACUUUAUUAGCUAAGCAGGUCAUCUCUCAAGCAACCAUCUUGCACAUUUGGAUAUGCAUUUACAUAUACAUGGAGGGAAUACAAUUUGCUUCUAGAUGAGCAGCUGAUGAAGUUCUAGCACAUGUAAUAGCAUCAUUAUGCUUUACGGAUUGCCUUCAUGUGGAAAUGGGUGGCUAACUAUUUCCAAGAAUAGUGACUAUUGUCAAUAUAUUAGGAUUAAUCUAUUCAAUAAGUUUUAGAUUAUUUGAAGAUCUUGAACAUAGAAGUUGCAGGAAUUGUAAUUAUUUCUUCAUCAGUUGGCUUCUUUUUAUGAUAAUUUGGGCUUACAAGA